GCCCAAGUGUGCUUGCACAUGAAAACUUGGGCGCAGAAUCAAACUUCUUUGGUCUUAAAGGUGCCACCAGCCUCGCCUGCUGCUCUUGAGCCAGUCUGCUGAAUCUCCUCCAGGAACACUGACUUUUGAGCAAGCAUGCUCACCAUCGGCCUCUUUAAGCCCCGCGCUUCACCAUUUAGUUUAUUGGAGGUUGUAAAUACCAUGAAGACAUUGGUCAUUGGAAUAGGAGGCAUAACAAAUGGAGGGAAAACAUCUUUGGCAAGAAGGCUUAAGGAACAGCUUCCAAACUGCACCAUAAUAUCUCAAGAUGAUUUUUUUAAGUCACAAUCUGAAGUGGCUGUAGAUGAACAUGGAUUUUUGCAAUAUGAUGUACUUGAUGCCCUAUACAUGGAAGAAAUGGUGGCAACUAUACGCUCUUGGAUGGCAAACCCCAAAGACUGUGAGUUGCCAAGCCUAUCAAGGAACAUGCAUAAUAAGCAGAAAGAAACAGAAGACUGCUGGGUCUUAAUUGUUGAAGGCUUUCUUCUGUAUAACUACAGGCCUCUCAGUGAUAUAUGGAAUAAAAAAUAUUUCCUCACCAUUCCUUAUGAAGAAUGCAAGAAGAGGCGAAGCACCCGAGUUUAUAAUCCACCAGAUCCACCUGGGUACUUCGAUGGACACGUAUGGCCCAUGUAUCUGAAACAUAAGAGAGAGAUGGAAGAGAAUGAAACAGACAUUGUUUAUUUGGAUGGAACACAAUUACAAGAUGAUCUCUGUUCAAGGAUACGUAAUGAUAUACUACAGGAGCUGGAGAAGGCAAGUUAGUUGGGUGCUGUUGUCAAGCAUAUAUAGAUCCUAAGAACUUCUGAUAUUUCUGGAUGACAGCGAUAACUAACCCAUUAAAACCCACAGAGGAUGUUUUCCAAAAGAAGGCCUUCUAAAUCAAUGUUGAUCAGGACUGCUGGGAUACUUCUAUUAAUGAAUUCAUUUUCUGCCUGUUUCCCAUUGGAGCAGUGUCACACUGAUGCAUUUGCAAAUACUUGCGAUUUCUUGGUCUGGAGUCCUAAACAACAGCUGGGAACUUUGAGACUAUAUUACACUAGCCACUUUACUCAGGAAAGUGCCAGUUUUCUCAGCAA